AUGGCCUUCGGAAGAGUUUUAUUCGCUGCGAUUUUUAGCCUUUUGGCAAUUAUCCCGAUUGGUUUAUUAUACAGAAUUUACACACAAGAAAUAACGUUCGAAAAUUCGUCUGUAGAAGAUUCAAGGCCUUUCCCAAACGAUGAAAAUAAGAAUUUGCUGCAUUUUGUUCAAAUAUCAGACAUCCACGUGUCAAAAUUCCACGAUCCAGAAAGAAUAGCCGAAUUUAAAAUCUUUAGUGAAAAAACCUUGAGUUCAAUAAAACCAGAAGUUGUCCUAAUCUCUGGAGAUUUAACAGACGCCAAAACCGCGAAUAAAUACGGUUCUUAUCAGUACACCGAAGAAUGGGAAGCUUAUUCCGCGAUUGUUGACAAGAUUCAGUUUCCAGUCGUCGAUUUGCGAGGCAAUCACGAUGCUUUCGACGUCCUUACUUACGAAAAGUCCUCUUACCAGAUAUUCACCAAAGAUCGUGCCUUCAAACAAAAUCGAGAAAUCACGCUUUCGAAGGAGUUCGGAAACUAUACCAUUGUCGGAAUCAACGCUGCUCCUGAGCCAGGAAUGAGACGUCCGUACAAUUUUAUUGGUUACAUUUCCGAAGAGCAGAGGAUCAAUCUUCAAGAAAUUGGAGAGAGAACUCGCACUUCCAAUCAUUCAAUUUGGUUCGGCCACUAUCCAACUCCGACGCUUCACCGAUCGUAUUAUUACCGCGAUUUCAUCGGCACUUAUGCAACUGCUUAUCUUUCUGGGCAUUUGCACGAUUCUGUUCCUCGAAUGCAAAAGCUCCAUUCCAGCGGCUUGGCAGAGCUUGAACUUGCCGAUUGGAAGAAAAAUCGUGUUUUCCGAAUUCUCUCUUUUGACCAUGAUUUGCUCUCUUGGACAGAUAUGAAAUGGUCGAAAGAUGGAGUGUACCUCCACAUCACUAACCUUCCCGUCUGGCAACUGACGAAUCCGGAUCGUCAACCAGUCGGCAGAAUCGCCAAGUCUACUCAUAUUCGUGUCCUUAUUUAUGGCGGUGAAAACCUUGCUCCAACGAUGACCUAUCUCGGCGAAACGACAUCACUCUCCCGUGUCGACAAUUCAGAUCUGUGGGUGGCACCUUGGAAACCAGCCGAAGCUGGUGAAGUUGAAAUCAGCGUCGACUACAAUGGCCAGACUUACAGCAUCACUCGCGAUUUCAUUCCCAACUACACUUCUAUCCGACCCCAUCGAUACUCUGCUCUUGGCAAUUUUCUUCUUACCGUCGACUUCUGUGUUUAUUUUACUUUCUUCUUCUGGGUGGGUACGCUGCUAUCAAUUGGGAUCAUGUUUUCUAUGUCUCCUCUCAUCAGGAAAUUUGUCCGUCGCCAGGAGAGGGCAUAUCAAGAACCUAACCAAAAGCCUCUCGUUUUACGCUGGAGAUUCCUUCUCCGGAUUCAAAUUCUUCUUGGCAAAGAGCCCUUCUGUGUUCACCUUUCGUAUCCUCUUCUUGCAUGGCUAAUCUGGUUUGCCUUCCUUCCUUGGUCCCUUGGCUACGUCAUUGGCGAUGAAAUUGGUGUAAUCUUCUCCUUCGGCAUCUUCUACAGAGGUGAAAUGCACACAAGACAUGAAAUGUACGCAGAAGGCUUCUGGAGUAUGAUUUCAUUCGUCAUUCCAUAUCUUUUCUACACAUCGUAUUUUGCCGAAAGAAAAUGGGCUGAGAAGACAGUUAAUCCAUUCAAGUCCGUUUUCAACCUUUUGUUCUUUUUACUCAUUCCGAUUACUUUUGGUCUGCGUGUCUUCUCUCUUUACCAGAUCGUCUGGUCCUAUGGAAACUUGGCCGGCUGCUCGCCUAUCUUCGGCCUCCCGCCCUUUAUCAUUUUAUACUCUUCAUAUUACAUUUUCUUCAAGCAAUCAACUCCUGCUCCGAACAACUAG